AUGAAGACCAGCAUCCUGCUUGUGUUCCUCUGGGGGUUAUCCUGCGCUCUUCCAGUAACCAGGUACCAAAAUACUGAAUCCAAGAGCUCUGAAGAAUGGAAGGGUCGGUUGGCUAAGACACCAACACUGCCCUCGGAAAAUGAAGACCCUAGUGAAAGCAGCGAAUCAGAGGAGGGCCGGGGCCAUGAUGAUCGUCAAUAUAUUUAUAGACCAGCUGAUGGUCUCUCUAGGAGAGGAGGAAAAGGAGGAGAUGAUAAAGAUGAUGAUGAAGAUGACAGUGGAGAUGAUACCUUUGGUGAUGAGGAUAAUGGCCUAGGCCCUGAAGAGGGACAUGAAGGAGGAAACGUCAGACUCCAAAGUGAUGAAGACUCUGCUGACACCACACAAUCCAGAGAAGAUAGCACCCCACAAGGGGAAGACAGUGACCAAGAUACCACUAUUGAGAGCAGGGAGGUCGACAAUGAGGGCGAGGUGAACAGCAGGCCUGAGGCAGGUGACUUCACCCAUGAGAGCGAGAGUGAGGAGCGCUGGGUAGGAGGUGGCAGUGAAGGGGAUAGUAGCCAUGGGGAUGGCUUCGAGUUUGAUGACGAGGAAAUGCAGAGUGAUGAUCCAGACAGCGUUAGAAGUGACAGAAACAACUCUAGGAUGAGCAGUGCCAGUAUCAAAUCAGAAGAAUCCAAAGGGAAGAGUGAUGAACAAGCAAGUACUCAAGAUUCAGACGGCAGCCAAUCAGCUGAGAAUCCCAGAAGGAAGUUUUUCAGGAAGUCCCGCCUUUCUGACGAAGAUGACAGGAGUGAGCUUGUGGAUAGCAACACGAUGGAAGAAUUCAAGAGUGACUCCUCAGAAAACAGCAGUUCCAAAGAAAUAGGCCUUAGCCAAUCCAGAGAAAACAAGAGUGACUCUCGAGAAGACAGCAAGGAGAAUCAAUCUCAGGAAGACAACCAAAAUGUACAAGACCUUAGCAGUGAAUCUAGUCAAGAGGCUGACCUCCCACCUCAAGAAAACAGUAGUGAAUCUCAGGAAGAGGUAGUGAGUGAGUCCAGGGGUGAUAACCCAGAUCAAAACACCACCAACCAUUCAGAAGAAGACCAGGAGGACAGUGACUCCAGUGAAGAAGACAAUGUGAGUAAGCCCUCUAAUUCGGAAAGUGAAUCCAGAGAGGAGCAAGCUGACAGUGACUCCAAUGAGAGCCUCAAAUCCUCAGAGGAAAGCCCAGAGUCCGUUGAGGAUGAGAACAGUUCUAGCCAGGAGAGUCUUCAGUCUCAGAGUGCCUCCACAGAGAGCCAGAGUGAGGAAAGCCAGUCUGAGCAGGACAGCCAGUCUGUGGAAGAUGAUGACAGUGAUUCUCAGGACAGCAGCAGAUCAAAAGAAGACAGCAACUCUACUGAGAGCAAAUCGAGCAGCGAAGAAGAUGGCCAGUCCAAAAACACUGAGAUAGAAAGCAGAAAAUUAACAGUUGAUAUUUAUCACAACAAACCCAUUGGGGAUCAAGAUGACAAUGACUGCCAAGAUGGCUAUUAGCAUCAGCUUUCCUUAGAAAUGGCUCACACAUAAAGAAAUCUUGGGGAUGAGAGAGUAGGGAAAUCAUUACAACUAUAAUUUAUUGAUCUUUUCAUCAAAAAGACAACCAGAGGCCAUUUCUUUUGGAAAGGAAUUGCUGACAUUACUCUUGUUGCCAGGGUGUCAUCAUUCUAGAGGUUCACAGAACGUGGGAUGACAUCAGGACAUACUCAAUGAGCCUGGAAGCAAAGAAAGAUGCACGUUAUAGCUUCACAGCUGAAAUAGUUCCUAAUUCAUUAGCCCAACAAACAGUUAUUGAGAUUCUAUUAUGUACCAGGCACUGUGCUAGGUGCUGGGGAUAUAAAGAAGCUUAAGACUUGUUUCUUGCUCCUGAGGAGCUUAUGAUCUAAAGAGGAUAAAUAUGAGGGAAAUAAAAAUUAUUACAAUCCAAUGUGAUGAUGCUAUAACAGAAUUGUGAACAAAGUACCAAGGAAGCAUAGAAGAGGGUGACCAACUUUGCCUUGGAGGAUCAGGGAAGACUUCACUGGGAAAGACAAUGGAGUUGGAGGGUUGGAUCACAUUUGUCUAUUGAAGAAGGGAGAUAUUAUUUAUUCUUAGGAUAAGCAAUAGUAAAACCUAUUGACUAAAAAUUUAGUUUCUGAAAACACUGUUGAAUUUUGGCGUAGUGAAGUGGUUUGGACAAACAGUUUUUUUUCCCCCAACUAUUUUAUCCUGUUUGAUGUUUUUUGUGGAAUUCCCAUGAACAUCACAUCAUUGACUACUAGUUGGAUAGGGGAGGGUGGUAGAAAGAAAUAAAUUUUUAAAUAGAUAAUUUUUAGCUUUAUUUGUCCUGAAAUCAGCUCAUGUGCAAUGUUAGAAAAACUGUUCUCUGAAUCGAUUACAUAUGUUGCACAUGGCAAAAUUGUGUAGCUAGAUUUAAAUUGGUUUUCGCCAAAUACCCUUCGAAAUGUUACCUCAACAUAAAAUAUUUGUUUUGUAAUAAAGAUCAUAAUAUUCAGUAGAAAUGUGUGCUUAUUUUUUAUAAUAGUGUUGGUUAUUUGGAUAUGUCUAUGUUAAGCAAUUCUUUCUUUACCACAUUAUGAAAUACUUUAUUAAUUUUCCCCCAUUAAAAUGAAAGAUUUUUUUAAGUUAUUUUGUGAAAAACUUAUUACUAAUAUUAGUCAAAUUACUUUGUGUUGCUUAUGAUAGUUCCUGAAAUAAAUCUGUUAAAGACGAGAAAAAAAAUAAAUUCUCAACUUUUGUAUGAGGCCACAUGAAAUGUUCAUAAUAGUUGAGUUUAACAUUAGUUCUUGCUGGUCUCUCAGAUGGUCAUUUGUGUAAAAUAUUCUUACA